UGCCUGUUUUCAUUACUGUGGCCCUUGAUUAGACACUCCGUUGAGCAGAUUCAUUUGUGUGGCUGUUCUUCCUCUGAACUUGUAAACACGUCAGAGUCUCAUUUCAAACGAACAUGGCAGCCAUUCCGAUUGUCGAUUUGGAUCCAUUAAACCGAAUUGCAGACGAUAACAAAACCGAUCGUGUCGUGAAACAGCUGGACGAGGCAUUCUCCACCGUCGGCUUCGUCUACUUGACGAAUCACGGAAUCCAACAGGCAACGAUUGACAGCGUUCUGAAAGCCUCCAAACAUUUUUUCCAACUUCCCGACGACGUUAAGAACCAAACACGACGUGACUCCUCGAAAGACAAUGACGGAUACGUAGGAAUCAAUCAAGAAAUAUUGGGAACUAACAAUUUGCAAGAAAUCAAAGAAGCUUACAACGUCACAAGUUCAAACAGCAUUUUCCCUUCGGAGGAAUUGAAUCCGGAAUUCCGGUCAGCUGUCGUUUCACUGGCUUUGGAACUCACUGAAUUGACCAAACGUUUGCUCACCUGCAUGGCUCUCGCCCUAGGCCUGGAAGACAAUUUCUUUGUGGAUCGUCAUCGUUUCAUGUUCCAAGAUCAGACGAAAAAUGCUACGACUUUUCGGACUUUGUACUAUCCUUCCUUGGCAGAGACACACAUCCAGCCAGGCGUAGUCAGAUGCGGAGCUCAUUCGGAUUACGGAACCAUCACACUUCUUUUGCAAGACGAUGUUGGUGGGCUGCAAGUGCUUUCUGGAACUGAAUGGAUAUCCGCUGUUCCUAUUCCAGGAUCGAUCCUUGUUAAUCUCGGAGAUUUGAUGCAAUUCUGGACUGCUGGCCGUUACACAGCAACCGUUCAUCGUGUGCUAGUUCCGGAAGAAGAGAUCCGCAGGAAAUCAACACGCCAAUCCAUCGCUUUCUUUGUUCAUCCGGAUAACGAUGUGAUGGUUUCGCAGUUGAACGGUUGCAACGAUCAUCCACCAGUCGGAGCGCUGGAUUACCUCAAGACACGCCUUUCCGCCACCUACAAAUACUAAAAUUUUUCCUUUUCUUUUUCAAGAAUCUGAUUAUCUUGCCAUUUUUAACAGGAAACCAUUGGCAGAUAUUUUUUUUUAGAAAAAGAAACUUGUCUUUAAACUUUUAUUUCAAUUGCUG